AUGGAAUAUGAGAAUGCGGCGCAAAAGGCUGAAGAACUCGCCAUAAGAGCCGCACAAAUCAAGGCAAUCGACGAGGCCCGGGCGGCUCAGGUUGUACAGGAUGCUGAAGACAAGCGAAACCGGAAAGAAAUAAUUGAAGGCAAUAAGCAGCGGGCGCAUGUGAAUCAGUAG